GGCAAAAAUGGCUUCCUGGCUCAUCUCGACCACUGUUUGUUGAGGGAUCAAAAAUAAUUGAAGCCAUCGCUCGCUCUUAACUGCGGACUGCUAGGCGUGCUUUGCAGACAUGACAGUUGUUAACAAUACGAUAUUAACAUUUUGCUGUGUGUUAUACCAAGACUGAGAAAAUGAUGCAUCAAGUGACCUGUAGCAGCAGCAGCAGCGACUUCUGUAUGACUGGACCUCCAGAGAACUGUCACCCGCCAGGCCGCUUUGAUUUAUGUACCCUCCAAUCUAACAAGUUCUACCCCUGCUCCUCCACAAACUCUGGCUUGCACCUUUCAUUUGCAGGCAUGCCUCCAUUGCCACAGAACAUGCACAAGGUGAUGGCGGGGCCGACGCACGAGACCCAGAAUGCCUUUCAGCUUCAGGCGCUGACGACCGAUAGCGGGGAGGUUGCGGGGCCUGAAGGCACCAAAAAAAAUACAGGCAAAGUGAAGUCCGGGAGGAGAGGCAGACCGUUGGGGACCACCAAGUUAGCUGGUUACCGCACAAGUACCGGACGUCCACCUGGGACCACAAGAGCUGCUGGUUUUAAAACUAGCCCGGGGAGGCCCCUCGGGACCACCAAAGCAGCCGGCUAUAAGGUGAGCCCCGGCAGGCCUCCCGGUAGCAUCAAGAGUCCGGCGAGGCUCAAGGAGCUGGAAAGUGGAGGUGAUGCUCCCAAGAAACUCGACUUUAGUCCAACCAAACUGGACUUUACUGGCUGUGAUAUUCCGUUGCUUGCCUAUGCCAUGAUGGAGAAGAGAGACUUGUGUGAGCCUCUCGUAAAGUCAGGUGAAACCAGUUCAUAACAUAACAGCAUGCAGAAAAAAAGAGGACACUCGGCCAAGCACUUGUCCUCAACUUCCUGCCUCUGUUUCAAUGUACAGUCUAAUCUGUUGACAUAGAUUUUACCAAGAAGCACUUGGCAGAGCAGCUUGCAUGUUAUUAUUUUGGUGGUAAAACAUAAGUCUUUAGUUGUGAAGUGAGCCCUCCUUGAACAUGUAGGACCAGUUUCUUGUACAAUUUUCUACCUAUGUAUUUUGUUAUAAACAGUCAUAUGCAUCACCACCGUCUGAGCUUACAUAAACGUGUCAUCCACUUCUAGAAGUAUUCAUGCUUGUUUUCUUGCAAAGACUGGAUUUUUGGUAUGGCUGGUUCAAUUGUGAAAGUGUUUUUUUAUGAUUCCUGUGAAGUAUCAUACACCAGUGUUGGACAAAUUUUGAGCCAACGCACAUAUUGUACAUGAGGAAAAAAAAAUCACAGCAUACUACCAAACAAAAAUGUCACGAAAGAGGAUCCACAGUGUGAAAUUGGAUACUUUGCUGCGGCACACCUGAUGUUCCCCCAUGGCACACUGGUUGGGAAUCACUAGAAAAUAGUGGAGGAUACCUGGUGGAAUACUUUGUUGGAGCUGUUGGGAACGCUAUGUUGCCAUGUUUGUCACAGAAAUUAUUAUAAUUUUUUUUUUUUUUAAAACACAUAGUUUCCACUGUCUUGUAACCGUAUUGCUUACAAAUUCACCGCAUGUUGUUGCACUUUGUUGAAAACAAAAAUCCAAAUAAAAUCGUUUUGCUUCAUGAAUUCUUAA